AUGGAUUUUGAAGACUUACCUCCAGAUCUGGAACGAAUGUCCACCCAGAAAUCUCCCAUGUACAGGAGGGAGAGGCACCUGGCUUCAGCUAUAACCCUCACGGAGAUCAAAUAUAUGUUCACUCAUAGAGACAAUCCACCGGCUCUCAGACCUCAUUAUCGAAGGGUCUUUGAGGAGGUGCAAAACUUAGAGGUUCUUCCUGCCACAUCGUUUCUCGCCUGGUGCUGCAAUCAUUUAGAGAAGUGGAAGGACACAUCACGAGAUGACCCCGAGCUAAAUAGACAUGCAGCCAAAGUAGCUGCUAUGGCCACUCGCAUCUGA